CAGUAACAGUAACUCGACAAAGUCAACACACACGAUCAGUUGUUUUUACAAAAUUAGUGAUUUAAAGAACAAUGAUCAGUGGUGUCUGGAAGUUUAGAUCAUCUGUUCAUCUCUGAUCUUACUUCUGUCGGAAAAGUUUGCCAAAGUACAACUUAAAAUGGUUACAUUUUAUUUUCCAUUAAGUACGAAGUGCUUAAUUAAAGGGAAUAAAUAAUGAUUAAUGAAUAUUUAACUUAUUUUUGCAAUUUUUGUAGCAAUGAAUGGAUUUCUUCCGUACAGUGUAGAGUGAUUAUUCAUUUGUGAUUACUGAAUCAUCAAAAUUACAAACUGGGGUAUUAAUUUAUCAUCAAGAGCAAUUAGCAACAUGGAGAAUGGCGCAGUGGUAUCGUCGUCGAUCAACAAAGCAAAACUCAAGCGUGAGAAACUUAUGAAAAAUGCCCAACAUUAUAAAAAUGUUUUGAGAACUUGGGAGGCAGCAGUUUCGAAAGCGGAAGGGAGGAUACCUGGAAAGAAUGACUUGAAAACAGCACCAGAAAGCGUCCAGAAAGCGUACAAAGAAUUUUACAAACUAAAAAGAUAUUUGGAAGGAAGUUCCUCUUCAACAAGUCGGAAAUUUUUAGAUAAUAGCAUCUCUGGUAGUAAAGGACCCAGUCCUAGCAAAAUAUUUUUCGGUCGAAAUAUUGGACGUGUUGGCAAUUCUCCAAUAAAAUCUCCAACAUCGAAACCAAGCAAAUCCAAAAAAUCAGGAAUUUUAAAAACUCCAAGUUCCCACCCAUCAAAAAAUUCUGCAGGAUGCAGUUUCAAUGUUUUUAAGGAAAAAAUGUCAUUUGCUGUUAACUUCUUAGGAAAGAAAUCCCCAGCAAAAAUGGUACGAAAAGAAGUCUUUGAUUCUGAUGCUGGUGAAUUGGUGGCUAGAAAAGUUCUUAUUCCCAAUCGCUUCAGUAACACUUUGAGAAGCAGUUCUAAUUGUCAAGAUGAGAGCAGUAAUAUUGGUCAGCAGAGCGGUAUCCCUUCCGACAUGGAACAAGACCACAACCACCAUAGUAUGAUAAAAGAAAGUUCAUUUUUAGAUGAAGCGGACCACAUUGCUCCCUCGGCAGCAUUAGACGUCGUCUCAAAAAAUCUUGCAAAUGAUAACGAGUGUAAUGAAUCUAGUCAUACGAUAGGAAAAAGAAAUUCUGUCAGCGCAAUCUGGCAUUCGUUUAGUCCCAAAUCGAAGAACCUCAAUGCUACUAAACAUGUGGAUUCCCAAUGGCUGAGACGAUGUAGAAAUGUUUCGCAAAUGUCCGAUGACGACCAACAAAACAGUAAUAAUGAUUUUAGAGAAAAUGAAUCAAAGGAGUGCGAAAGUGAUGAUGACGAUAAGCAGGAUUCUGAUAAAUGUGAAAUCUCUGAUGCCGCCUCCUCUCAACAAUUGUUUGCUCGAAGUUUCGAAGAUUUCCUCAUGUCUGCAGCGUCAUCGCCUGAGGAAAAGGAAGCACCAAUUUUACCACCUACCAACAUAAAUACUAUUACUCCUGCCACUAAUGAUAAUUGUUAUAAUAAUAACCAAAUUACUUUACAACCAGACGAAGAAAUGUUUGAUAGUGGACUAGGAAUGUCGUCUAGCUUUCUCUUCAGUGCUCAAGAAAUUAUGGACGUCAUUACUAAUGAAGUAUUACCUGAAACUACUACUCUUCCAACCGACAAGGACAAUAUUCACAAUGAAAAUGCAUGUUCUCCUUCAGAAAAUAAUUUUCAGACGAUUGAUAUGUCAGUAAUUGGGAACUUUAUUAGUGCCAACCCAUUUGCAAGUGCAAUUUCUCCAUGUAGUCCCAGGGCUAGUGCAAUUUCUGCAGAUAAGACUGAAAGUGAGAAUUUAAGAAAACGGAAAGCACUCUUUUCACCAAGCCCAAAAAAGUUAUCCCCCAAAAAGAAGUUCUUCAAAAGUAGUAGAAUCAAAGCAAAGUAUGGAAUUCAAUCGUAUAAACCUCCGACCCCUUCAAAGAAGAAAAAUGCCACCAAUGCUGCGGCUGCUCUUAAAAAUAACAAUAUUACCAAGCAUGCAGAUAAGUAUAAAGAAAGCACAAUAACUUUGGGCCUUGUCGAUAUUACUAGCACCAAGACGUCAUCUGCAAAGUCUAAUCAAGUCGAGGACAGUGAAACUCCAACAACAUCAGUGGAACCUACGUCAUCAAAAAAUUUAGACAAAGUAGAAUACUUUGAUGAGGCAGCUCAAGAUGCAUAUGCAUCUGGGCGACAAAAUCGCAAUACUAAAAGGAGAAAGUUAUCUAGCGGAGUGCCAAGCCUUGCCACUCGUAUUAGACGCUCGAAGCCGAAUGAAAAUUUUGUCAAGAUUGACAUUACCAAAAAAGUGUUUGUUAGAGGACACAAGAAAAUAUCAGGGUCGAAAGUUAAACGUAACGACUGGAAAAUGAAAAAAGCUGCCUCGUCCAAGGAGGACAAACUCAAAAGCCUGGUAUGUCGUAAAUGUGGUGAAUCUGGACAUUUUAGAAAGUUUUGCAUGAAAGAUAUUAUCCCAGUUGAAGAACCUCAAUAUAUUGACGACAGCCCGUUUCCGAGUUUACAAGAAGCAGCUUUGAUGGUCAAAACCAAUGGUGGAAUUAUUCCAGUAAACCAUGUGAACAUUUAUAGCAAUAGUAAGGUACAGGAUACUUCGCAAGAGCUCGUUGAAUUAUCCCCGACAGUCCAUGACAUUUCACCAAUAACACUUUCACUUGACGAAGAUCAACCAAUAUCACAUAGUUGUGCCAAUAAACCGAUUCUUCCGUAUUUUGCUUCGGAGCAUGACUUGACUCAAGACGUAGAGGACGAAAUAUUAAAUGACACAAUUCGCAAGUUCGGCUACGAGAAUUUUCGUCCUAGGCAAAAGGAGGCCGUGUCAAGGAUUCUCAAAGGACUCUCUACCUUGUGCGUCUUAUCGACUGGAUCUGGGAAGAGUCUUUGCUACCAAUUACCAGCUUUUCUUUAUGCGGAAAAAAAUCCUGGUGCCCUUGCAAUAUGCGUUUCCCCUUUGGUUUCACUAAUGGAAGAUCAGGUCCAGGGAAUUCCUCCCUUUCUCCAUGCGGCGUUUUUACACAGUAAUAUGAUAUCUAGUCACAAGGAAAAAGUAUUAGAAAAAAUUCGUUCGAAAAAACUACACAUAUUGCUUGUAUCUCCCGAAGCUGUGUGCGGUGGUCUUUUUGGAAUUUUGAGAGGAAAUGAUUUGCCGCAAAUAAGCUUUGCCUGUAUCGACGAAGUUCAUUGUGUUUCCCAGUGGUCACAUAAUUUUAGACCUUGCUACCUGCAACUCGCAAAGAUUUUACGGGAAAAACUACACGUUCGUACAAUCCUAGGAUUGACAGCAACUGCAACCGAACAUACCGCAAACAGCAUUUGCCAAACUUUACAAAUUGAUCCGUCUAUGACAAUUCGUGGAGAAAUUAUUCCUGUCAAUUUGCAUCUUAGUGCUUCUCGAGAUUCAUAUCGGGACGAAGCCUUGCUUACAUUGCUACAAGGGGAAAGAUUUUCGACAUGCGAGUCAAUUAUAAUUUACUGCACGCGGAGAGAUGAAUGUCAGCGCAUUUCAGCUCUUAUUCGAACAAGCAUUCAGGACCCAAAUAGUAAGAAUGCUGGUGUAUCCAAGAUAAAUUCCCGUCAACGUGUGUCAACUACAUGCGAAGCAUAUCACGCUGGAAUGAGCGCAGGAAAACGACGACUUGUUCAGCAGCAAUUCAUGUCAGGAAAUAUUAGAAUUGUAGUUGCAACGGUAGCAUUUGGAAUGGGUAUCGACAAAUCUAAUAUUCGAGCCGUUAUUCACUAUAACAUGCCAAAAACAUUCGAGUCGUACGUUCAGGAAAUUGGUCGAGCUGGCAGAGACGGUGAACCAGCUCACUGCCACCUAUUCUUGGAUAAUGUAAAGGGUCGAGAUCUCAACGAACUGAAGCGGCAUGUGUACAGCAAUUCUAUUGACCGAGCAACACUGAGAAAACUGUUACGUAAAAUAUUCCAGUCUUGCAAGUGCGGCCGUAUUGCUGAUUUUUCACACAAGGGAUCAACUUCGCAUAAAAACACUCCAAAGGGACGGUGUCCUGGCCAUGAAGUGUCGUUCAGCAUAGAGGAAACUGUACAUGAACUUGAUUUACCUCAAGAAAAUAUUUCAACAAUUUUGUGUUAUCUGGAACUGGAUUACUCGAGGAAAUGGAUUGAGAUGCUUCCCCACACUUAUCAAACUUGUAAAAUUCACUCUUAUGGGGGUGCAUCUCUUCUAAAGUCUUCAGCUUUAAAAUGUCCACCAUUAGCUGCGGCUAUUGCUUUGAAAAAAGAGAGCAAAAAAUUCAAAGACGCUGAUGUAUAUUUAGAAUUUGAUGUUAUUGAAGUAUCGGCAACGCUUGGAUGGAAUAGUGGCGCUGUCAAAAAAGAGUUGAAGAACCUAGAAUGGACAUCUACAAGUUGUGGGGCCGAUGGUAACACCAAGUUUAGGAAGUCUGGAAUUCUUGUGGAAUUCUGCAAUUUGGCCUUUCAUGUAAAUGCUCCUGGAGACUUGACAGACGAGGAAGCUGAUUCUGUGUUGGAUUAUCUGCACAAUCACAACCAAGAACAAGAAAAAACACAGUUAUAUCAGCUGCAUAAGGUUUAUCAAGCACUAAUGGGAAUUUCCAACAGCACUGUGGAAAAUAUUUGCGAAAAAUCGGACGAAGAGAAGAGCAACUUGCUCAAAAAGUUCAUUCACACCUACUUUUUGCAGAAAACACCGGGAGUACCACCGGAAUGGAAGAAUGAGGUAACCUAUCCCGAACAUCAAGAGCAGGAAGUACGAAGCAAUAUUAUAAAUCUACUGGCUAGUGUGAAAGAUGCUCAAUUUACGGGAAGGUCAGUGGCCAGAAUAUUUCAAGGAAUUCCAAGUCCCUGUUUUCCAGUAGAAGAUUGGGCGAGGAAUAGAUCAUUUUGGAGAAAGCAUAUUGAGUAUGACUUUCAUUAUUUAUGUAAAAUCGCAAGCCAGGAAAUUCUUCGAUUUUAAUCUGUAUUAUUAUUAUUUUUUAAUUCACAUUUUGAUUAGAGUUAUUGCAUAAGCGCAUGUUGUGGAUUGAUUUUCAUUAUUUAAAUGUUUGAUCAAAUUUUUAAUAUUCUCAAAUUGGAACUUGUACGUUGAAUGUAAUUUAUAUAUUUUUUAAGUGAGUUUUAUUAAACGCAUGUCGAUAAUACAGUUAUAUGUGUAUACGUGGUUCAAUAAAACCCAUGUUGUUCUACUUAUAUUUAACCAACUAAA